AUGUGGAACUGCUACUGGCGCAAGUUCAAUGCAAUAGGCGAUGAUGUUGAAGAAACGACUUUUGAGACGGAAGAAAGAAUGGAAAAUAUUAAUUCCAUAGAUGACCCGAUGCUUGACCCAGAUUCUGAGGUGUUCGUUAACACUAAUAACCCUCUUGACCAUAUGCCAUUAUCUCCGAUGCACUCUCCACCAUUCGCUCAGUUCAAAAGUUCAGAAAAACGUCCAUCCGUUCGAAAGCGAAACAGAACUAAUUUUGAAGCAAACCCCAAAAGCACUGCAUCUGACCCUGAAAACCUCACAGAAAGUGUUAACAAGAUUGUUCGUGCUCUUGUGUCUGUCGACACUAAAGAGUAUAACUGUUGGGGCAUUAUAAAGGAGAUUCCAAACUUGGACGACGAUUCACGCUUCAAGGUCCUUGAUUUGCUUAAUACUAGAGCAAAGAAAGCAGAGUUUUGGAAUAUGGCACCGGAAGAACGUUUGAGAUGGAUUGCAUAUAAAUUAAAGUGA